CACUACAAAAUUGAUAAGUCGUAAGGCCAGUAGGAAACAUAAAUUUCAUAAUUUUAUCAAUGAUUUUUGUAUUAAAUCGCCUAUGUACCUUAUUCAGUAGUGUUAUUCGAUCUCAAAGUAGGCAUAUAUCCCCGCUUGGCCAUACUCAAGUGAUCAAAAUGAGCACGUGCAAAAGUACCGUUGGCGAUCAAUCGGACAUUGUUUGGAUGGAUUUGGAAAUGACCGGACUAGAUAUAGAUAAAGAUCAGAUACUGGAAGUUGCUUGUAUUAUAACAGACAAGCAUCUAAAUAUCAAAGCGGAGGGGCCAUGUUUCGCAAUCCGUCAUGCGCCACAAGUCUACAACAACAUGAACGAAUGGUGCAUUAAGCAUCACAAUGAAUCCGGCCUGGUCGACAGGUGUAAAGAGUCGGACGUAACACCCGAGCUGGCGGAGAACCUUAUCUUGUCAUUUCUCAAGCAAAACAUACCCGAAAGAAAGUGCCCGUUGGCCGGCAACUCAAUUUAUAUGGAUCGCUUGUUUCUACGAAAAUUUUACCCAGCGGUCGAUGAAUAUUUGCAUUAUCGUAUCAUAGAUGUUUCAACUGUGAAGGAGCUGGCGACCAGAUGGCAUCCGAGGGUUAUUCAAGCAGCUGCACACAAGAAACUCGCUCACCGCAGCUUGGACGACAUUAAGGAGAGCAUAGCAGAAUUGAAAUACUAUAAGGAGCAUUUAUUUAAAUGAAUUUAAUAUUAGAUUUAUGCACUAUGUAACAAAUAAAACUGUUUAGCUAGUACGAAUAUGAAAGCAAAAGCAAAACUCUAUGAUUAGAAACAAAAAUACGACAGCAAUAAAAAACUCGAUUUCUCAAUAGA